AUGGCAGCUUCUUCGUUGCGGAUCACGGAGUUCGAUGAGGCUGGUCUUGAGAAGGCGACGUACGUGCAGUCGCCUGAAGGCUCUACAGAGCGGAGCAGAGUUGAUGUUAUUGCGCCGAAAGACGCAAAGACGCUAUGGCAGCAAGCUUUCGAUGUGUUCAUGCCGGUGGGGUAUCCGAGCAGUGUCACGCAUGAUUAUUUAGAGUACCAGAUCUAUGACUCUCUACAAGCCUUCUCAAGCAGCAUCGCCAGUCUGCUCGCAUCGCGAGCUGUGCUAUCGAGUGUCGGCGUAGGUGAUGCUGAUGCCUCACCCACAGCAGCAAUCUUGCUAUCCAUCUUCCAAACAUCUGCUGGUCGACUCGCCACGAUCCUGUUCGCACACAGACUUGGCACAUCGCUCGAGCCCGAAUGCAAGAUGUAUCGACUGCUUGCAGACAUCUUGAACGAUACUGGAUUCCUGCUCGACAUGGUAUCUGUUGCAUUUCCCAAGCCAAUUAGCGUCAUCAUCCUGAGCUUCAGCAGUAUUCUGCGAUCUCUUUGUGGUGUCGCAGCUGGAAGUGCAAAGGCGAGUCUGAGUGCCCACUUUGCCAAAUGGGGCAAUCUGGCUGAGUUGAAUGCCAAAGACUCUAGCCAGGAGACUGUCAUCUCAUUGCUUGGGAUGUGGGCUGGCAGUGUCGUGAUCAGCUAUAUCACUGAACCGACCGCAGCCUGGACGGCGCUCAUUGUGCUCUUGGCCAUUCACCUUGAGACCAAUCGACGAGCCGUGCGAGCAGUCACUAUGCAGACUCUUAAUCGCCAGCGAGCCACUCUGGUCUUCCACCAUCUGCAGCGGGGACAUGUACCCACACCAGUCGAGAUUGCCAGUCAGGAACGCAUCUUUGAGCGUGAUGGCGUACUGAGAGAUGACCAUGACCGGAUCAUUGGCCAUUGUGCAGUUGGAGCCUCGACCGAGCGGCUCUUGAAGGCAGUCUCGGGGGCUCAGACAUCAACCAAAGCAUUCCCGAGCCAAGGUCCUGCUCUCCAGUCAGUAUUGUCGACUUACGAGAAGACACCCUACAUCCUGUGGCAGGACAAAAAGUCUUCGCCAGGUCGCAGCAGUCUCUUCAUCGUGCUGAAGAAAGGAGUGACGAAUCCCGAAAUGAUCACAGCAUGGUGGCAAGCGCUCGCGGUAGCUUCCGCGAACAGCAUCAAGAAGACUGCACGACCAGAUCAGUAUGCCGAGCUGGAGAUGAUGAACUCUACCCGGCAUCAAGCAGCGGGUCUACUCAAGCAGUAUGAGAGUGCACUUAAGGAGAAAGGUUGGGAUCUCGAAUGUGGUGCUCUCGAGACUGUUUCUGCAAGCAGAAUCGCUAUCGAAGCAUAG